AUGUCGACGUCGACAGAGGACAUCUCGACCGAAUCAGCCCAUCAGUUGGCCAACGUCAAACAACGGACCGAGACUUUGGUGCUGAAAGGCAACCUUAUGGCGCCAACUCAGCGCCAAAAGGCUGCGAUCCAAACGGGGGCCGGGAAGUCCUCUGUAAGGAGUUUGCCCGUCAAGGAGCUCGAGGAGAACCAGACGGAGACCUCUGUCACGUCACACACGUCCACGUCUACAUUACCCCUAGCCGCAUGGGAGGAAGUCGCCCAGAAGGAUCAAAGCGAGGCGGCUCCGUUGGGAGCGGCGCGGGCCGCAGUGGCCGACUCGAGCAGCAAGAUGGCGCCUACUCAGAAAAGGGGUCUUCCGGCGAGCGAAGGCUUCCGAGCGCUACCUCUCAGCCUCAGAAAACCUCACACCGAUUAUGUUCCCUUUAGGAGGUUGCGGAGCAGCUUCAACUUGGUGAGACGUUUGCGCAAGAGCCAACAGAAGUCAAACAGCAGAAGUACGGAAGUCUCGGAGGUAAACAGCGACCAGAGCUCGAAGCUGUUGUUUGCCAGAACAGGGAGCAAUCCCAACGAGCAGACUACACGCACAACGAGCAACGCACUAUCAUUGACCAGCCAGACCAUGUUGAAAACUGGCUGCAGCAUGUCGGGUACCCCACUGGACAAGGGUUCCGAAGGCGGCGACGUCGAAAGUCGUUUGAGAAGAGAGAUAUUCCAUAAGCAUGUGCUAAAGUGCGCCACUGACGGCAAGCAGAUCGCGGGGAUCUUUGCUCGCUGGUACUGGAUGGUGAUCUCGCCAUGCUUUGAUCCGACAUCGCCCACCAGGAAGCGACUUGAUGGCAACCAGUCAACAUGGGCGGAUUUUGGAUUGUUCCUGUUUGCGCUGAGCAGCGGUUUCAUGUUAUUGGCGGUCGCGGUCCGGGUCGCCCAAGGAAUCGCAUUGUUGAUGCAGACAUUGCAGGGAAUGCUGGGGGGUUUGAUUGCGAUACUCGGUUCCUGA